AGAACUAGAAAAUGACUUGGGAGGGACAACAGACAAGCUAACCAGUUUUGUAUCGUGUCUUAGCGGACUGACUCAAAUAAAUAAAGAAUAAGUGAGAACAGGGACAUAGAGAGAAUCAAACGACCAUGAAAUCUCUAUUGAAUCCAGAGUCUUUACUCUCUUCAAUUUCUCCGAUUCAUAUCGCCAAACCUUACAAUCUUCUUCAUAGACAAACCCAAAUCGCUCGUCAAUUUUCACAGAGUGGCCGCCACCGUUGGAGGGGGCAGAAAUCUCGCUUGACCGUCAAAGCUGCAUUGGACCAAUUAGGGCUUAAAGAAUCUGAUCUGUUAAAUCCUGCGAUUUCUUCUUCGUAUCGUAGCUCCAAGUCGCCCAGACCGAAUCAGACAGUGCUCGACGCUCAAACUAGAGUUUGCACGGGGCCUACACAGACCAAGCCGCUUACCGAGGAUCAGGCUUUUAAGGUUCUGGACACUAUCUUAAGAUCAGCUAGGGGAGAGCUCAAGGAUGAAGAGGAAGUCUCCAGAGCACAGCUCGGUGCCUUUUUUGCCGGAAUGGCAAUCCGUGCAAAUGCAUUUCCUGAGGCAACCCAGUGGAGUGAAGGGGAAAGGCGUGCCAUGAACUCAUUCUGGCCACUCCUAGUUCGAGCACUUCCACCAGAUGUAAUUUUCAUAGCUGACCCUGAAGGCUCUAUUAUGGGGUUAGGAGGCUCAAUAGGGCCCCAUUAUUGUGGCAAUGACCCUUGUGAAAUGAGAUUGGUUGGUGCUCUUAGAGAAGUUUUGGCAGGAGGUCACCUUGGAUAUGAAGAAGUUCAAGGUGUUCUAAGAGAUGUUCUUCCAUUGAAAGUGGAAGAUAAUAAAGCUUCAGAGGUUAGCAAAUCAUUGCUUUCAGCAUUUUUAAUUGGUCAACGCAUGAACAGAGAAACAGAUCGGGAACUAAAAGCAUAUUGCCUCGCAUUUGAUGAUGAACUUGGUCUUCCGCUAGUUGCUGAUGUUAAAUCUUUGACACAUUAUGGGGAACCUUAUGAUGGUAACACACGUUUCUUUAGGAGCACAUUGUUUGUUGCUGCUGUUAGAUCAUGCUACGGUGAAUCUUGCUUGCUCCAUGGUGUGGAAUGGAUGCCUCCUAAGGGGGGUGUAACUGAAGAACAGAUGCUGAAGUUUAUGGGCGCUAAUACAAACAUAUCCUUGUUGCAAGCAAAAGAACUUCUUGAGAAUGAGGAGGUUGGUUUUGCCUAUAUAAGUCAACGUGAAGCUCAUCCAUCUUUAUAUUCGUUGACUGGGUUAAGGGAGCACAUAAAGAAACGCCCACCCUUGGCAACAACGGAAAAAGUCCAACGAUUUGUGCGGGCUAGGGGAAGAGAAGCAAUUGUUGCUGGAUUUUAUCAUGAAGGUUAUGAAGAGCCACUUUUGAUGCUUAUGAAAAGAAGAGGUGUUCAUUCGGGUUUGGUGGUGAAGGGUGAGGAAGGUGCACUCUCAAUGACCACAAGGAUGAGAUCCGUAAAUGCAUCGAAAGGACUUCCUGUGAAUUACUGUUCUGGGUUCCGUUCACUGAGCUUGGAAUCUGCAUUUGGAGUAGAUGGGGUGUCACGCGAGAGUUUCGAUCUCAAGGUCAAUGCCAGUGACUAUGGUUUUGAGCCCACUGAUACGCCAAGAACUGACAGAUCGGUCUCAAGGAAUAUACAGUUGGGCUUGUCAGCUCUUGGAGGUGAAAAAGGACCAGCAUAUGAUCGAAUUGUUUUAAAUGCUGGAAUGGUGGAUCACUUGCUUGGAUGUGAAGGUGCAGAAGAUGUAUCAGUUGCAAUGGAUAGAGCCAGAGAGGCUAUCGAUAGUGGUAAAGCUCUCAGAAGGCUCCUAAAUUACAUAAAGAUCUCCAACAAGUUGAAGUGAGUGGUGCUCACUUCACACUUCCUUUGUAUUUUGCAGGAAGCUUGAGUCUGCCAAAUCAAUGUUAAAAAAUAAAUACUUAAGCUUACAAUUCCUUUCAGAGUGUCAUUUUUCCAA